AUGGAUUCGAAACUAAACUUGACGUCCUUAAGGGACAAGAUAUCAAGUAAGAUGAACGAGCUGAUGAAGAAGAGUAAGGGCAAGGAAGACAAGAAAGAAAAGAAAAAGGAGGUAAAUAGAGCCCAGAAUAUCAAAGACAAGGAAGCUAAAGAUAGAAAGGAAAGAGACGCCAAAAGGACUCCAAAAGAGCACAGCAACAAGAGUGCCCCCAGAGAGAACAAGGAAAAGAAGAGUCCAAGGUUCGAAAAGAAGGAGCAGCCCAGACAUUCCAAGCAUUCCAACAGGCCUGCCAAAGAGAGCGAGUCUCAAGAUGCCGAGGACAUUAGCGACGUACUUCGUAGAGAAGCACUUGCUCUUGGAGCAUCCGAAGCAGAUCUCGAGCUUUUAGCUGGUGUUAGUGAAGGCGAGGAAAGCGAACAAGAAUUCUCAGACAACAAGAAAUUGGAAAAAGGGUUCGGUGACGACUUGCGUAAGUUCAUGCAGGGGAUUGGAUUAGGUGAAGGUGAGGCUAUGGUAAUUGACGAUGAUGAGGUUCCAGAAUUAGUCGAGGAAGAAGAAGAGGAGCAAGAACAAUCCGAAGAGGAGGAGGAGGAAGAAGAAGAAGAACAAAAGCCUGCAGAAAAGGAGGAAUCUGAGUCCGAAUCCGAAUCCGAAGAGUCGGAAGAAUCCGAGGAAUCCGAAGAAGAAGCUGAAGAAGAGACAAAUGAAGAAAAAAAGGAACACGAAGCUGUCCAGGUUAAAGAAGUCAGCUUCAAGACCCCAAACCCUGACAAGAUCACUUCCGUUCAAUCUGUUUCUUCUACCAACCUCAUAGUUCCAGCCAGAACCGACUGGUUCAAUAAUCCUUUGGAUACUCCACACACUGCUGGCGAUCCUGCUCCUCCAAAACUUGAUCGUUUUGCCAGAGAAAGACUUCUCGAAAGAGCCAAGUCAGUCCUCGACAAGGACAACAAAACCUAUCUUGCCGAGUUCACAUCACAAUCAUCUCAGAAGAAGUUUUUGAGUCAGAUCUUGGCAGACGGUACCUUGAACGAUAAGAUUUCUGCAUUGACCUUGUUGGUUCAGGAAAGUCCUUUCCACAACAUUAAAGCAUUUGAGACCUUGUUGGGUUAUUGCGAAAAGAAGUCCAGAACUGCUGCUCUACAGUCUAUCAAUGCCAUCAAGGAUCUCUUGUUGAAUGGUGUUCUUCCUGACAGAAAGUUGGUUGCUUUCGAAAACCAGCCAUUAGUCCCAACCUUGAGCGAUACCCAAGUGGCUCUCUACUACUUCGAGGACUGGGUCAAGAAAGCCUACUUCAAGUUGAUAUCGAUUCUCGAGGUGUUGUCCCACGACCCCAUUCUUCAUGUCAGAAUGACGGUCAUCAGUCAUUUGUUCGAGUUGUUGAAGGUGAAACCGGAACAGGAAUUCAAUCUUUUGAGAUUGGGUGUUAACAAGUUGGGUGAUAUAGAUAACAAGGUUUGUUCCAAGACCAGCUACCAAAUCCUUCAAUUGCAAACCCACCAUCCUGCCAUGAAGUCGAUUAUUGUGGAUGCCGUUAUCGACACCAUCUUCAAGUCCAACAAUGACUACAAUGCCAAGUACUAUUCAGUCAUCACCUUGAAUCAAACGAUUUUAUUGAGACAAGAUGACUUGUUGGCCAACCAGCUUGUAAAGACUUACUUCAAGCUUUUCGAGAGCUUAUUGAAAGAAGCUGACGAUAUUCAAGGCCCCAAGGAAGGUGACAAGGUGCUUGGAGAGUCCACCAUUGGCAGAAAUAACGGACGUAAAAAUUUCAAGAAGGGUAAGAAGGGAGGAAAAUCCGUCAAGGUGGAAGAAAAGACCCAAUUUGAAAUUGUCGAAGAAAGAAACACAAAAUUAUUCUCUGCAUUAUUGACUGGAUUGAACCGUGCUUUCCCAUUCUCAAACUUGCCUUCUGAGACAUUCGAGCAGCAUCUUAACACCCUCUUCAAGAUCACCCAUUCCAAGAACUUCAAUACCUCUGUGCAAGCGUUGGGUUUGAUCCAUCAUAUCAUCACCAAGCAGGGCUUGAACCCAGACAGAUACUUCAAGACACUUUACGAGUCCUUGUUGGAUCAAAGAUUGGUCCAAUCUUCCAAGCAAGGUAUCUACUUGAAUCUCUUGUUCAAGUCGUUGAAGAACGACACCGAGGUGCCUAGAGUGUUGGCAUUUGUCAAGCGUAUUUUACAGGCUUGUUCCCACUGGUUGAACAUUGGAAGUGUCAGUGGUAUGUUGUUCUUGUUGAUCGAAUUGUCCAAGGAUGUGCCAGAAAUCAAGGAGAUGAUGGUUGGUACAGUCAAGCCAGAGACUGCCAAGGAAUCUGAAGAAGGAAAGGAGGAACAAGAAGAGUCGUAUGAUCCUCGUAAGAGAGACCCCAAGUUUGCUAAUGCCAAGUCUACUCCACUUUAUGAACUCAACCAUUUCCUCAACCACUACCAUCCAACGGUUUCUAUCUAUGCCUCCUCACUUCUCGACGGCACUCCACAACCAAAACCCGACCUUGGACUCUACACCUUGGCCCAUUUCUUGGACAGAUUUGUGUAUAAGAACUCCAAGCAAAAAGCUGUUACCAAGGGUUCAUCUAUUAUGCAACCUUUGGGUGGUGCCCAUACCGGGUCUUUAUUGGUUAAGGCCACCAAUGUGUUGAGCAGCGAAAUUCCUGCCAACACCGAAAAUUGGGCUAACAAGAAGAUUGCAGAUGUUAGACCAGAUGAGAAAUUCUUCCAUCAAUACUUCACUUCGAAAAUUACCAAGAUAAAGGGUAAGAAGGACGAGAAGGAAGAGGUGGACGAAGAAGAGGCCGAGCAGUUAGAGGACCAAGAAGUGUGGCAAGCGUUGGUCAAAUCCAGACCAGAUGUUGAAGCAGGCUCCGAAGAUGAGAUGUCUGACUUUGACGAAGCCGAUUUCGACGACAUGAGCGACUUUGAUGACGAAGACGACGACGAAGAAGGAGAAGGUGAAGCCCCAGAAGCCGAUGGCGAGGAUGCGGAAGAAGGCGAGGAGUUCGAGGAGCCAGACUUCGAGGAGGAGUUCAACAAGUUGGCUGCUCACCAGGACGACCCAGAGGACGAGCCAUUCGAUGAUGACGAAAACCAGAUGUUUGGCAUCAACGAGGACGACGAGCUCUCAGACUCGGAAGUGGAGGCUAACAUUGGUGAGGGAUCUAAGAAACGUAAAUCCGACGACGACAGCAAGAAAUCGAAGAAGGCCAAGCUUAAGAGCUUGCCAGUUUUUGCAUCUGCAGACGACUACGCCAAGUAUUUGGACUCCGACGACGAGGACUUUAGCUAG